AUGACAAGCACACUACCGGCGCUGGCAAUCCCAGGCCAACGUCUGGGCUCAAUUGCGUCUUAUUCCGCUGGGCCCGGAACUCAUGUGCAGAAUGCCAAUAUUUACGCUUCAAUUGCUGGUCCAAUUGUUGUCGACCCGAUACAGUCCAGCUCAACAGUAAAAUCAACAAUCAGCGUGACACGAAGCAUCGACAAGAAGCAGGAACCUAGCACGAUAUCAUCCGCAGUCCCUUCGUCAUCUUCAAAGACAACCCGAUCCAAAUCGAAGUACAACACUCUUCCCACCGUGGACUCGGUUGUAUUGGCACGGGUAACACGAGUACAGAAACGCCAGGCCACCGUAUCAAUCCUCGUUGUGCUAGAUGAUUUGGCCAGUUCCCAGGCGCUGAUUCCCUCCAAGACCACUUCCGAUAAUGACAACAUCGCGUCCAUCCUUUCCUCUGCCGCGAACCCCGAAAAUCACAGCAACUCAGAUGAGCUUCGCUUCCAGGCCCUUAUUCGGAAAGAAGACGUCCGGGCCGUAGAGAAAGAUCGUGUUGUUAUGGAUGAGAUGUUUCGUGUGGGCGAUAUCGUGCGAGGCACGGUUAUCUCUCUAGGUGAUCAAAGUUUCUAUUACCUGACUACAGCUCGGAAUGAUCUCGGUGUUGUGAUGGCUCGGAGCGAGGCUGGUAAUAUGAUGUUUCCUGCCAGCUGGAAGGAAAUGAAGGAUCCUAAUACUGGGGCCACGGAAUUGAGAAAGGUGGCGCGGCCUUUCUGA